AACCGGAAGACAACCGCGCAGAGACAGAGAGCGGAGGCUGGCAGUGGAGAGAUGGCAGCCGCGGCUGUGGCUGAGUUUCAGAGAGCUCGGUCUCUUAUUGGAACUGACCGGAACGCUUCCAUCGAUAUUUUACACUCUAUAGUGAAACGGGACAUCCAGGACAGCGAUGAGGAGGCGGUGCGUGUCAAGGAGCAGAGCAUCCUGGAGCUGGGUGGGCUGCUGGCGAAGACCGGGCAAGCGGCAGAGCUUGGGGGCCUGCUGAAAUAUGUCCGCCCCUUCCUCAACUCCAUCUCCAAGGCUAAAGCAGCCCGGCUGGUGCGCUCCCUGCUGGACCUGUUCCUGGACAUGGAGGCGGCCACAGGCCAGGAGGUGGAGCUUUGUCUGGAGUGCAUUGAGUGGGCCAAGGCCGAGAAGAGGACCUUCCUCCGACAGGCCCUGGAGGCUCGACUCAUCUCUCUGUAUUUCGACACAAAGUGCUACCAGGAAGCCCUACAACUUGGCUCCCAGCUGCUCCAGGAGCUCAAGAAGAUGGACGACAAGGCGCUGCUGGUGGAGGUUCAGCUGCUGGAGAGCAAGACGUACCACGCGCUCAGCAACCUGCCCAAGGCCCGCGCCGCCCUCACCUCCGCCAGGACGACUGCCAACGCCAUCUACUGCCCGCCCAAACUGCAAGCAGCUUUAGACAUGCAGUCAGGGAUCAUCCACGCAGCCGAGGAGAAAGACUGGAAGACGGCGUACUCGUACUUCUACGAGGCCUUCGAGGGCUACAACUCCAUUGACAGCCCCCGAGCCAUCACGGCGCUCAAAUACAUGCUGCUCUGCAAAAUCAUGCUCAACGCGCCGGAGGACGUCCAGGCCCUCGUCAGCGGCAAACUGGCUCUGCGCUACGCAGGCCGACAGACAGACUCCCUGAAGUGUGUGGCACAAGCCAGCAAGAACCGGUCGCUUGCAGACUUCGAACAGGCGCUAUCAGAGUACAAAGCAGAGUUAAGGGAUGACCCCAUCAUCAGCACCCACCUGACUAAGCUGUACGACAACCUGCUGGAGCAGAACCUCAUCAGGGUCAUCGAGCCUUUCUCCAGGGUGCAGAUCACACACAUUUCCUCGCUCAUCAAACUCUCCAAGGGAGACGUAGAGAGGAAGCUAUCCCAGAUGAUUCUGGAUCAGAAGUUUCACGGUAUUUUGGACCAAGGCGAAGGUGUGCUGAUCGUCUUUGAUGAGCCGGUGGUGGACAAGACGUACGAGGCAGCUCUGGAGACCAUUCAGAAUAUGAGCAAAGUGGUCGACUCGCUUUACAACAAAGCAAAGAAGCUCACAUAAGAGAGGACGGAGCAUCGGUCCUCCUGUCAGGAGGCAUGCGGGCCAGUCCAAUCUUCUUCAUUCUCCCACCUUAAUCUGGGAGGGGGGAGGAGGAAAUUACUAACAUCCAACCCGGCAAGCAAAGCGACCAGUUGUACAGAUCGAGAUGACCCUCCCCCCCCCACACACACACACACAGAAGAAGAAGAACGGGACAGAGUGGACUCUGCAGCCCUUACUCCUCUCUCAGCCCUCUGUUCUCUCUGCUUCUUCUCUCUGUCUCUUCCUCCUUUAUCUGACCGGGGCUGAUCGGGCACACAGUGCUCCUCCUAGUGGACCACUCGCAGCACUGCGUUUUUUUUCCUCUCCUCCUCCCACAGCUGGUUUCUACUGUAUGUAAACUUGGAACAAGCCUCACUGUUCCCCUCCCCUCCCUCCCAGUUUCUGUCUGUGCUGGCCAUCAGGGAAUCUUGUAAAAAAUAACGGUAGAGGAUAAAUAUACAGUACUUAUACAUACAUGUAUGAUAAACGAUGAGAGAAAAAAAAAAAGAUGUUCCAUUGGUUCUGAGAGCGGGGGGGAAAUGGCGCUCGGUGUGUCUGUAUCUGCUUUUAUUUGCCAACCGGCGCUGAAACUGAAUGUUUGCAUUUUCCUCUAGUCGAGGAUCCCCACCUACAGGCCAAGCGAUGAAUCUUCCUGAAUCUGCAGGGCAUUAGAGCAACCCUUUUAUUUCAGCGUCCCUGUACUUAUCCGCCCCGCGUCACUCGCUCGUUCCCGAGGAAUCCUGGGAUUGUGGAUAACGCAGGGAACUGCUGUCCUGUCCACGCGAGGCUGUGGCACGUCCUCCUCCUCCCAUGUACUACCACUACCUGUUUGUAUAUAAAAUUUCCAACUUCCAAGCGCCUGUGUUCAUUCAAGGCUGGAUAUGUUCACCCCCGCCCACCCUUACUUUUUUUUUUUUUUUUUUUUUUUCUAAUAUUGCGUAAGAAGAGAGUGAACCUGGCCUCGGAAAGCUCGGACGCUUCCUCAAAGAACUCCCCAGGUUCUGAGGGAGGAUUCGGUUGGGCAGGAAAAGGCGGCCGUCGCUGGAGAAAAUCAAGCUGUACAUUUUUUGGGAACUGAAUUUUGCAAAGACUUAUGGGUUCACCAUGUAUGAUUUAGAGAAAGACAAAUGCAAAUAAAAAAAAAAAGGAAACCUGUAA